UCCAUGUACGCACAAAACGAGACUAGCGAUGGCCAGGCCCAACGACAGCCGCAAGAAAAUCCCAUCUGAUAACGCGCACCCCGGUCUGUCGAUCACAUACCACGACGGCCUUGACACCCCGACUCGUAUGCAGGAACAUCUUGUUCCCUGAGACCAACACUGACCAACAACAGUGGCAUCGAGAAAAGGCAUAUCCGGAGCCGUGAGUCACUGCGUCGCAUUGAGCUCGGGGGCCGAACGGACAACACAUUCAGGUCCUCGGAGUUAAAUACGACUUUGAUCAUCAUCGACAUGUUCUGUAUAAGAGCCAAGUUUACCUAACUCUAGACAAGCUCCGUCUCCAACUCAGUCAACACGACACAACCCUACAAAGACAAUGGCCGUCUCAACCCCUACCCCCACCAAGGGCGCCGAUGCCCACCCCACAACUGUCAAUACAACCAUCGACCUUGCCGCUGAGAAGCUCACCACCGGCCUCGGAGAGAAGGACGUCCCAACCACAGACGACACCACCGCCGGGACGAGAACCAGCAGCUGCGGCAGCGACGCCACCACGACAAUCUUGUCGACCAGCGCCGUCCAGCUCGCGCGGCUGCAGCAGCUCAAGGACCGCUACGGCGCAACAUGGUCCAGCCCGUCCGACCCGCGCGACCCGUACAACUGGCGCACAUCCCGCAAAGUGUGCAUCGGCAUCCUCAUCUCGGUGGGGCAGCUGGUGGCCAUCAUGUCGGCGAGCAUGAUCGCGGCGUCGCUGGACGACAUCAUGGCGGACCUGGGCGUCGGCGAGGCCGCCGCGCAGCUCGUGCUGUCGACGUACUUUCUGGGUCUCGGGCUCGGCCCAUUUUUGGUAGCCGGCGUCGCCGAGAUGCACGGCCGCAAGCACGUCUGGCUCGCGGCGCAGCUGUUUUUUGUGUUUUGGAACGCCUUGUGUCCCGUUGGCAACUCGACGGCGCUGAUGAUUGUCGGCCGCUUCUUGGCGGGCGCUGGGGCUAGUGCUGGCGUUACGCUCACGGGCCCCAUCAUGGCCGACAUGUUCCGCGCCGAGGACCGCGGCAUGUCCAUCGCCAUCGCGCAGGUACUACCAUACCUGGGCCCGUCGCUCGGCCCCGUGGUCGGCGGCGUCGCCACGCAGUACGUGCGCUGGCAGUGGACGUUCUGGAUCGUGUGCGUCUUCAGCGCCGUGCUGACGCUCGUGGUGCUGGCCGUCGUGCCCGAGUCGUACACGCCCGUGCUGCUGCGCCGGCUGAAGGAGGCGGCAGAGAGCGCACAGGCUGGUGGACCUGCGUCGACGGCGUCGCGCCUCGGCCCCUCGUGGCGCCGGCCGCGCCUCGCCCUACCCUCGGGCUACCUGGCGCUGCUCGGCACCAACCUCAUGCGGCCGAUCCGCAUGCUCGUGCACCGGCCCAUCAUUCAGAUCGUGUGCACCAUUAUUGCCUUUGACUUUGGCGUCUACAGCAUCAUGCUGUCUACGCUAGCUACGCUUUGGAUCCACAGAUACGGCCAGACCAAACUGGUGGCCUCGCUGCACUACAUUUCCAUCACCAUUGGCUGCAUCGCCGCCACCCAGAGCGGCGGCUACCUGAUGGACUGGACGUACAAGAAGCUGGUGGGGCGCGAGCGGCGGCGCGUCCAGCUCGCAGCCGUGGGCGGCCAGCCCGAGUUCCGGCUGCCCAACUUCGUGCCGGGCAUGAUCUUGAUGGCGGCGGGGCUGUUCUGGUACGGCUGGGCGGCCGAGGGCGUCGUGCACUGGGCCGUGGUGGACGCCGGGGUGCUCGUGUUCAACGCGGGCAGCUUCCUGCUCAGCCAGUCGCUGAUGGCGUACCAACUCGACGAGUUCGGCGACCACGCGGCGUCCGCCGGCGCCGCCACCCGCCUCCCCAUGUAUACGCUCGCCUUCGUCUUUCCCAUCUUCGCCCCCAAGCUGUACGACGCCCUGGGCUACGGCUGGGGUAACAGCCUACUCGGCUUCCUCUGGAUCGUCCUCGCCUUCCCCAUUCCACUGGUGCUGUGGGUCUGGGGCCCCAGGCUGCGCGCCAUUGGCCGCAAGGACGGCGAGCACGGCGUUGCGAGCUUGUGAUGGUCGUGUGCACGCACUAUCAGGGGUGGGUGUUAAAGGUUGGUUUUCUUCAGGAUGUAAUUGGGCAAAAAUACGGGAUUCUGUUAGGUUGAGGUCCGGAUUUGGGACAACACAGCACAUGGUUGAAAUAGCUGAAUUAUUUUUCCGAUGAUUUAGCCAUAUAAAAAAAUAUACGUCGUCUUAUACUUC